AUGACAGACUACACACCUACCUCCCACAAGGACAUCAACCAAGUCCACCGCCUAAAGGACCGAGCCCACUACGACUCCGAGGCCAUCAACUCCAUCCUUGACAACAACAUGCUUGCCCACGUCGGGUUCACUCUUCCCCCCGGGGUUGCUGAGGAGGAUGAUUGGCCUUUUGUUAUGCCCAUGUGCUAUGGGCGUAUCGAGGAUACUGUUUACAUCCAUGGAUUUGUCAGUGGACGCAUGAUGAAGGCGCUUUCUUCGGACAACCUCCCCAAAGUCUGCAUCACCGUCUCGCAAGUAGAUGCCUUGAUAGUAGCAAUGUCGCCCUUCCACAACUCCUUCAACUAUUUCUCCGCCGUCGUUUUCGGUCACGGCCGCCUCGUCACCGACCCCGAAGAAAAAUCCCGCGCCCUCGAAGUCAUCACCAAUCAACCCUUCCGCCACGCCGACCGCUGGAACGAUUCCCGACUCCCCAACAAGAUCGACCUCCAGUCGACUAAAGUCAUUGCGGUCCGAAUUGAGAAAGCGAGUGCGAAGCACAGGAUUGGCGGAGUGAAUGAUGAUUUGAAGGAGACCAAGGAUGAGGAGCUGUGCAAGAAGCAUUAUUCGGGAGUUGUCCCUUGUAAGAUGGUUUAUGGGGCACCUGUGGCUUCGAGUUAUAACCAGGCACCGACGCCUGCUUAUUUGGAGUCUGAGGUGUUGAACAAGGAGAAGGUUAUGUAUCACGUCACGGAAUAA